CACUUAUUCAUAUCACGACCAAAGAGAAUGUAAUAUGUGAAUUCUAUAUUAUGGAAUCUCCUUGGUUAACAUUCGUGAACUACUACACAUAAGUGUAAUUUAGAAUGAUCGUUACUUUUCGCAUCUUAAUUUUUUUUAACGUUUCUUCUUCAAAAAUCAGAAGUAAAUAAUGUCUAAUUUUGUUAUAUGUUGAAUAAAAUAUUUAAACUGUUUCUGCAAGGAAAGCCUUUCUAUUCUUGUAAAGAUGGGAAGAUAUUCAGGCAAAAAGUGUCGGCUCAUUUCAAUGUUUGGUUUGACUGCGGGUUUCUUCCUUGUUGAAAUAUCAGUAGGAUACAUAACUAAUUCAAUGGCACUAGUUGCAGACAGCUUUCACAUGCUUAGUGAUGUUGCUGCUCUUAUUGUUGCUUUUCUUUCUCUGAAGAUGUCACCAAAAAAGUGGUCAAAGAAUACAUUUGGGUGGGCACGUGCAGAAGUGCUUGGUGCAUUGGUCAAUGCAGUAUUUCUGGCUGCUAUGUGUUUUAGCAUUUCUGUCGAGGCUAUAAAAAGGUUUUUAGAAGUGGAGGCUAUUCGAGAACCUAAACUCAUUGUUUUGGUUGGAUCUCUUGGGCUUCUUGUCAACAUUGUUGGUUUACUGUUAUUUCAUCAACAUGGAGCGCAUCAUGGCCAUUCUCAUGGGCCAGUUGUGAGAUCUACUUCAAGACUAACUCAUAUGGUAUCUGUCAGUGCCACUGAUGAUAAUGAAAAUGAUGAAAUAUUUGAAUCUGACAAGCGAAAAAAAAAUAUUAACUCCAUUGAUCGUUCACAUUAUCAUGAUAAUCCAGCACAGAUGAACAUGCAAGGUGUUUUUCUGCAUGUAAUGGCUGAUGCACUGGGCUCCGUUAUAGUUGUUUUAUCUGCUUCUAUUGUUUGGUUAACAGAUUGGAAGUAUCGUUAUUAUAUGGAUCCAGCUCUUAGUAUAUUAAUGGUUAUAAUAAUUCUACAUUCACUGUGGCCAUUGUUAAGAGAUUCUUCAUUGAUAUUGCUUCAGACAGUUCCAACCCAUAUAGAAGUGGAUAUGAUUAAAAAAAAACUUUUAGAUAAAGUUGAGGGAGUUUUAGCAGUACAUGAAUUUCAUAUAUGGCAAUUGGCUGGUGAUAGAAUCAUUGCUUCAGCACACAUAAGAUGCAAAAAUCUCUCAGAAUACAUGAAGAUAGCUGAAAAAGUAAAAGAAUUUUUUCAUAAUGAGGGCAUACAUUCAACAACUAUUCAGCCUGAGUUUAUUGAAGUUGAUAUUUCUGAAAACCCCACUGAAAGAUCUUCAGGCGAUUGUGUUUUAGACUGCCCUAAAACAGAUAAACCAUGCACUUUUUCAACUUGUUGUGGUCCUUCUAAGCAGGAUAAAGAAAAUCAUUCUCCUGGUGAUAUCCCUUAUAUGUGUAGACAGCGAACGUGCUCUACCUUAAGUUUACCUACAUUUAGUGCAAGAGCUGAAUUGAGUGAAAUGGAAAGAGGAUCUCUUUUAGAUAAUGGAUGUACGAUUCAAACAGCAUGUGUUUGACAGUGAAAUUGUUGCUCAUAAAGAUGAGUUCUUAUGUGCUCAGGUGAUACUUUGUGAUCUUCACAACAAGAGUACAAGACUACAUGUCAUUUGUGUAAAUUGUUAUUUGUUAAUAACAUUUAAUCAUUAUAAAAUUUCAUUUUUUAUUAUAAGAUGGUCCAUUUUCUCAUGGAUGAUAAUAAAGCAAAAAGGUUUUAUUUUAUUUUAAGUCAUAAUGUUAGUUAUUGCUUAAGAAUUUGUUGUAAUUGUAUAUUAAUACAAAUAUUUAAGUUAUAACUAUUGUUCAUGGAAUUUGUUGAAUUAAUGUUUUAUUUUUAUUUAGUCCGUUGAUAGCAGAAUUUUAAAUGUAAUAUGAAUUAAUUUAUUCUAUUUAAAGGAGUUAGAAAAAAUAUCACUUUUAAUGCAUAAUAGUGACUUUCUUAUUAAUAUAUUUAUUGUUAAUUUUAAUUUUGAAUUGUCAUAUAAAAAAAAAGAAAAAAAAAUCUGGCAUUUCAAAACGAGUUUACUGUUAUCUUUAAAUAAAUAGAUUUUUAUGUAAAAUCUAAUCCAUAUACUUCACUAAUGAAUCUCCUUUUUUUUUAAUAGUUUAUUUUUUUUUUUAUAUUCUAAUACUAACAGUAUUUAAAAUUUUCUUUUGAAGACUUGGUUUUCUUUUUUGCAUAGUACCCAAAUUGAACAGUUAAAUUUCUUUGAUUCAAUUUUAUAUAGACAUGAAUAUCACAAAGACAAGAAUUAGAUAUCAAAAUUGAGUCAAGUCUUACUGAUCUGGCUUAUCCUCACAGAAUUUUUUAGAAGAACUAAUUAAAAUUUGAUAUUCCAAUAAUUUAGUUUAGCAAGGAGUAAAGGAUUCGCCUUUGUUAUGGCAAAACAAUACUAAUUAUGCAACAAGCCGUUUAGACAUUGAGAUAUUUCACUGAAAUGUUUCUUUGGUUUUUAAAGUUGUUAAGUUUUACAUUACAAUAUUAAUUUAUGAAAAUGAAAAAAUAAUUUUAUUCUGGAACUACAGUCCCCUAAGAAUAAUAACAGUGUUACAAAUUUAUGGGUAUUAGUCUGACUUAAAACAAUAAAAAAUACAAGCUAAUAUACUGCUUAUUGUUAUUGCAGUUGUGCAAUAGUUGAAAUUACACAGUAUACAGAUACAAGUAAUUUUACAUAUUAGCGGAAGUUUGAAUGUGGAGUAGGUGCUGGAACAGGAGUUGUUUGAAGGAAUUUGUGGACAAAUAUUGAUGUAUGGAGGUAGGAAGAGAGUUCCGAAAGGAGGUAGCACGAAUGAUGAAGGAUUUGUUGAAGGAAGUAGUUUUAUGGGAGGGGAUAUAUAAAUCCUAGUAUUACGAGAGUGGAUAGAGGAGCGUAGGUAAGGAUUUCCAGGAUGUAGGGAGGGUUUUUGAUUCUGAUAACUUGGAAAAGGAAAACACCAAGGAGGAAUUGUCGUCGGGAAGUAGUAUAAAGCCACUUCAACUCGGUGUACCAGAAUCAUACAUGUGAACGCCUGGGGAUCCCGAAGAUUUAUCUUAUGAAACAGUUCAUGAGUUUCUUUAGUCUCAUUUCUACCCUGGCAGAUAGCCCUCCAUACACCAAACAGCCAUAGUUGAAGUGGGGGAAUAUAAGGGAGAUUACAAGGAGCUGUCUGGUUUUUAGAGGAAUACAAUCAUGGAAUCUUAGGAGUUGUUUAAGGAAAGUUAUGGAUUUUCGGGUAAUCUGGGAGAUAUGGUUAUUCCAGGAGAGGUUCUGGUCAAAGGUUGUUGGGUAAUGUAGAGGAAAGUAAGGAAGGGAUCUAAUGAGAUGUCUGGACCCGAUGAGAAUUGCCUUAGUUUUAUCUGCAUUUAUCUUUAAUUAAUUUAUUUCUGCCUAUCUGUUGAUGCAGUCGAUAUCCUCUUGCAGCUUCCAGGCAGCCUCAGGCAUCUCAGAAGGUUGGAAUGAUUGGCAUAUAGGUGGUAACAGGAGUGUUGAAUGGCGUCAGGAAAUGGAGAAAAGGAUCGGGGAGAGUGAGGAACCCUGAGGUACACCUCAUAUUAGUUGAAGGGGAGAUGAUGGAGGUUUGUUCGGAAUUACAACUGUCUGAGAUCGGUCGGAUAAGAAGGAGAUGAACCAUUUUAGGAUGCUUUUUGAUAUGGGUAUGGAGUUUGGAAAGAAGGAUCUCAUGAUUGACGAAAUCAAACACUGGAAAAGUCAAAAAGGAUUAGGAUGGAGAUUUUCUGUUUAUCUAUGGUGGAUUGGAGGUCUUGGGUAAUCCUUAGCAAGGCAGACUGGGUGGAAUAAUGGGAAUGGAAACCAGAUUGUAAAGGAUUGAGAAGAUGGUUUUGCUCGAGAAAGCUGUUCAACUGAGAGUGGACUAAUCUUUCUAGAGGUUUGGAUAGAUUGUAUAAAAUGGAGAUGGGUCUGAAGUCGGAAGCUGAUGAAGAGUAGGAACUUUGUUCAGUGGGCAGACUAUGGCUCUUUUCCCGGAUUAGGAAAAAUAGAAUUUCGGAGAGAGAAAUUAUAUAUGUGUAGAAGUGCGGGAAGUAAGUUUGAAACGCAGAGUUUGAUAACUUUGACAGGUAUUUGGCCAGGACCAUAAUUGUUCGUUUUUGGUUUAAGGGUGGCAGAGAGUAGGUCAGUAGGAGAGAUAUCGAGAAAAUAAAAACUUAUCAUGAUUGAAGGGGGUUUCGGUGAUGGAAAAAGAUGAGCGCUCAUAUGAAAAUAUGGAUGGAGAAUGGUUAGUGAAAAAGGAAUUUAGCUUGUUAGGGUCGACUGGAUACUGUGUGCAGGUUUUCGAGCUAACAACAGACAGGUUCUUAAGAAUUGUCUAUGUGAAUUUAGGGUUGGGUUCUUGGUAUAAAACGUCAUUGAAGUAUUGGGCUUUGGUACGAUGUAGGGACAUUUGUUUGUGGUUUUGUAAGGAUUUAGAUAUCGAAUAAUGCUGAGGUAAUCGAGUAAGUCUUUAGCGUUUUCUAGUAGCCUCUCUUCUCCUCAUUAGUUCUCUUAUUUUGGCAUUGAUUCAAGGAGCAGGAGAACAUUUAAUUUACUGUGUUUUGAGUUGUGGAGAUAUAAAAUACAUAAUAGUCCAGGGUGACGGUCACAAAAAAAACUUAAUAUAGUGAAAAACUAUUUUAUUUUAAGCCAAUGUUUGACCAACUAUGCAGGGCUUCAUGAACGAACAAAAUACAAAGGAUUUAGAAAAUAGAGGAAGGAGAUGGUCCGGGGUGGUGAUCAUAAAAAAAAAAAACCAACUAAAAUGGUGAAAAAAAUAUUUUAUUUCAAGCCGAAGUUUCGACUCUACUUUGCAGGUCUUCUUCAGGGCUAGAACAAACAAGUUACAAAAGGAUAUAGAAUUGUGGAAGUUACGUAAUAUUUAGAUAAAAAUUAUGAACAAUGUGAAUAAACGUAUUAAAAUUAUAAACAGUGAAAAUAGAAAUAUUAAUAACAAUGAACUAUGUAAACAAAGUAUAACUAAGUAACAAUAUCCUAAACUGAAGUAAAUAAAUGGUAACAAUUGAUGUAGAUUAUUGUAGAUGGUUUGUUGUAGUUUAUUGUAGGGAAAAAUUGAAUGUAAUACGGAGGAUGGAUAAUAUACGUAAUUAUGAAUAUAAUCCUACAGAUUAUAAAGAAACAGUGAAAGAAAAAUGAAAAAUAAUUAGAAAUAAUAGACAUAGGGAGUGUGAAGAACCCAAAAAUAAAAUAAAAAUAGAGACUUACAGCAUGGAGUUAUGCAGCAUGGAGUUUAUGUUGAAACUGGGAAAACAUAUACAUGGGGAGAAAACCCAUGCAGAAAAUUGUUGACCUGGUUGGGGAAUGGUGGAGUGGGUAAGUAGUAAAAACAAAACAAAAACCAGGAAUAGUACAGUAUCUUUUUUUUUUUUUUUUUUUAUUAUUAAAGAAAUUUACAACUGUAAUUAAUAAUAAAUACAACAAGUAAAUAUGAACAAGUAACAUGACAUGUGCAACAUGAAGAGAAACUACCCAUUGGUAGCACUCCAAUUAUAUUUCUAUACUAGAAGGUCCCGAGGCCAUCUUCUUUUCAGACGCCUCGGAGGGUUAUCAGGAAUAGAAGAGGAAGCAAGGUUGGAAAUGAGAGGGUUCGGAUGGUUCAGAAGUUUAUUAUGAAAGGACAGGUAUCUGGAUUGAGCUAAAUCGGAAACAUAUGGUACAUUAAGGUCAUUAUGGAUGAUUUUAUUUCUGACAAAGUAGGGACCAUUAAGGAAUUUGGAUUGUAGGGAUUGGAUACAAGAGAAAUUUGAUGAUUUAGCAGAGCCCCAAAGCUCGAUCCCGUAAGUCCAAAUAGGCCUUAUUAUAGUAAUAUAUAUGAGUCUUUUGUAAAUAGUUGGCAGUUUAGAGCGUUUGUCCAGUAAGUGCUGGAGUAGUCGGAAACAUCGGACGGUUUCUAAUCAUUUCAGUCUGGUAUGGGGGUUCCAAGUGGUCGUUUGUCAAGGUGGAGUCCUAGGUAUCGGAUUUGGUCGACAGGGAUAAGUGGGGUAUUGUUAAAGGAUACUGUAGGACAGGAAGUCAUAGGUUUACAAUGAAGAGUAAAGGUAAUUUGAUGGGAUUUAUUGGAAUUUAUUUUAAUCCUCCAGUUUUGACACCAUUUUUCAAGACUUGUGAUGUGUGAUUGAAGAGUUUGGGAUGCAAUAGAUGGAUCGUUAUUGACUGAUAGGAUACAUGUGUCAUUGGCAUAUGUGGUCAUGACAGUGUGGGAAUGGGUUGGGAUGUCAGCUGUAUAAAGUAUAGGACCUAGGAUACUACCUUGAGGAAUUACAGUAUCUAAAAUUUGAAGAUAUUGAUGGAAACAAGAAAAAAUACAAUAUCUAUGAACUGAUUAAUUAUAAAUAUAUACAUAUGCAUACAAGAUAGAAUUAUGAAUUUAUAGAUAAAAGUAAAAUGUAAAUAAAAAAUAAAAAUGAAAGACCAUAACAUAGAAGUAAAAUGUAAAUAUAAAAAUAAAAAUGACAGACCAUACAUUGCAGAAUUAAUUUAAAAGUAUAAAAAAGAAACUAAGAUGAAUAAUUACAAUUUUAAUUAGUUGUAUAUAUUGAAAGAAAAUUACAUUUAAAUACCAGAUAAAAUUGAGAAAUUGUAGAUAUAAAUAUAAUAAAUACAAAAUAAAACAGAUGAUCGUACAUAAGUGUAGAAUGCAAAUGCAAAAAAAAAUGAGAGAUCAUGCAAUACGGAAAUACUAAAAAAUUAAAGAACAAUUAAAUUAAUCAAUAAAAAGUUGAAAAUAGAUUUUUAUAAAAAAUAGAUGAAUAUAAUUUUGGGUUGAUAGUUGUCUGUCGUGAAUAAUGAAGAUAAGGAUGGUUUGGGGUUAUCAGUCAGAAAUAAAAAGGCAAAAAUAAAUAAUAAUAUUUAUUUUAACCAUUUGCCGACGUUUCGACCUGAAGUUCAGGCCUUCAUCAGAGCUAAGAAAAGAAACAGAUAACAAGGUAUGAGGAACAUAAACAAUGUAGGUAAAAAAAAUUAAAGUAAAAUGAAGUGGCUAGAAUAAUGACAAUAACAAUAACUAAAAAAUAAAUAAUAAUAACCGUUAAAAAGUGUGGAAUAAUGAAGUAAACAUAAUUAAAAUAAGGUGACAUAAGUACUAAAAUAGUAAUCUUAGAAUAAAAUGUAAAACAGAAAAAAGAAUAGUUGAAAAUAGAAUUCAAAAUAUUGAAAAUAGAAUAGUUAGAUAGAAAAUUGAGAUAUUGUAAAGUCUAUCAAAAUGUACUGACAACGUAUAAUAGAAUAAAGAGUAAAAACUGAGAAAAAGAAUGAAAGGAAGGAGGAAAAAAAAAGAAGAAUACUGAAAUAAGAUAGAAAAACAACCUGCUCCAAGAGAUUGCUGGAAUAGAGUGGAGAUAUGGUAGCAAGGGAGGGAGGGAGAUGUAUUGUUGCAUCAUCUCUGACGGUUGACUGACAAAGUUUAAACUAGAGUACCGGAAACUUAAAUAAUGGACGAGAUAUAUUACUCAUAAAUAUUAUGAAUAAUUAAUAAUUAGUUCAUUCUUGCCCUGAUGAAGACCCCGGACCAUCUCUUUCUUCAAUAUUUUUCUACGGUAAACUAUUGAGUAUUCAAUAUAAAUGUAUUGUUGAGGUGACUGAAACCAUUAAUUGACCUUUUAAAAUCUUUGUCAACUGUUGUUUCUGAAAAAAUUUUCUGGUGGCCUGAGAGGAUAUCUAUUGAGCAGCUCUGGAGAACCACUCAUCUGCUUCCUAUACAUCUCGAAAUAAGUGCUCGACAAUGGAAUUCCCAGGGAGUAAAAAGAAUAGAAAGACCCAGAGAGAAAUGAAGCAGAUCAGCAGAAAAAUAUCUUUAUCUGAUUGUCAAAGUUUGACAGGAAGUGUGAGGGAUUGCAGCUAAAAGAGGGUUAUAGAUACACUUGUAGAUGUCCUAUGCUCUCCUAAGAGUUAAUGGAAAUUAUGUUUGUUAACACUAUCUCAUUUGUUAGACUAAAAACUUACAUCUACAUAUAUAUGAUCCUACAAAAAUUGGCCUUUAUUUGACCCAAACCAAAUGGUAGCAUUGAAUAAAAAUGAUUUACUUACGCUGGACAAUUAUACAGCCACCAAGAAAAAGACAAACACAAUUAUAAAAAAUAAAAAAUAAAAAUCGUUUAGGAAAGUCAAACAAACAAAUUGGAUUUUCAUACAAUUGGAUUGGGAAAAACAGAAAAACCACUACAAAAUUUGCAUUUAAUGAAGAUAAUAAAUAGGUGUACAAAGGUAAUUUAUUAAUUUCCGUUCUUGUAAAUUUUUAAGAUAGAAGAUAUUUAUUACUCUUUAGAACACAAAUUUUAUAAAAUUUGCAUCAAGGAUUGUUACUUCUAAAAUAAUUCAUUUCCAUAUGCAUUCCAGAUUUCGUGUGAUUCAUUUUAUUUAAUAGAUAUGGUUAUUAUGGUAUCGAAGGCUUUGGAAAAGUCAAGGAGUACAAGAAAAGUUAGUUUUUUUAUCAUUUAUAAUCGACUGAAUAUCACUAUGGCAGAUUGAGUGGAGUAACCUGGGCGAAAAUCAGAUUGGAAAGGGUCCAGUUGAUUGGAAUGUACAAGAAAAUUGAAAACUUGGGAUUGCACUAUUCUUCUCAGGAGUUUUUAAAGGUUGGAAAGGAUUGAAAUUGGACGGAAAUCAUUAGGGGCAGAAGGGUUAGAAUUUUUAUUUAAAGGACGAACAGUGUUUUCCUUCCAUGAGGAAAUACUGAGUUUUGGGGGGAAAAUUAUAUAUGAAAAGGAGAACUGGAAAGAUUCAGGCUUUUGAACAGAAAUUUGAUUAAUUUGGCAGGAAUGCCAUUCAGACCAAUAUGAUUGGAGUGUCAUUUCACCACGGCGUAUAUGAGGCCUGCGGGCAAGAUAUAUGAAAAUUAAAAGUCGUCAUUGUUGAAAGAUGAACCAUGAGAAAAGAAGGAAGAGGUAAAAGGAGGGGUAGAAGAGAAAGCCGAUAUAAAAUAUGAGUUUAAAUCAUCUGGUGAAACUGUGAAGACUGCUGAGAGAGGGGUCUGGAAGAUUCACAGAAUGAGAGUACGAAUGAGUAGCCAUUUGGAUUUGGAAUCCAGAGCUGAUUAAGGGGCUUCAUGGAAAUAAGUCGGAUUGUGGUUUGUGUCAGGUUGCGGAGUACCCUAAACGCUUGAUAGUCGUCGACCAGCCAAGUACGUCUAAUCGUCUACGGGCAGCAUCAUGCCUCUUCUGGAAAUCCUUAAUUUGCUGACACAUCCAAGGAGCGGGACGGCGAUGAAAGGUAAAGGUUACAACUGUUUCAUUUAAUCAAAAUAGUUUUCACUACUAUCAAUACAUUUCUGCCAACGUGUUGGCAGCUUUUCCAUUCCCUCGGAAUAGAAUUUCCCAUCUUUAGAAUUGAUAAACUCCAAAAACGAAUUUUCUAAUUCCCUUUGUCCAUUAAAUAUUUUGUCACGUAAGUAGUGGUCCUGGCCCAGGUGUCUGAAAAAAUGAUAAUCCGUAGGCGAGAGGUCUGGAGAGUAGGGCGGAUGUAGCAGAGUUUCAUAUCCAAGCUCAAACAGAUUUUGUGAUGUCACAGGUGAGACAUGUGGUCGGGUAUUGUCAUGCAACAAAAUGGGCCCCUUUCGAUUGACCAAAGAUGGCUUAUUGCCAAUGUCUGAUGCAUUGUAUUAAUUAACUUUCAAGCUUUUUUAACGUUCCAAUCGCCUUCUGGUGAUCAUUAAUGGUCCAUUUUCUAAGUUGCUAAGUCGAUUGGUUAAGUUUCCCUGCAAGUUCUCGUCAUGAAGACAGGAAAUCUUUCCACGACCUUCUUUGUCUUCAAGGCUAAAGUCUCCUUCCCGAAAUUUUAUUGAAGAACCACUGUUGAGCAGUACACUUAUUAAUGCUGCCCUCGCCUCAGACUUGAUUGAUUUUUCUGGUCGUCUAGGCCCAAUUCCGGCCGAGUUUAAACUCAUAAAACAAAAUUAUUGGAAAAUCACGCAUUGACAUCUUAGUAAAGACUGAAUUAUUUCUAAGCAGCGAAAUGCUACAGAGGUAAACAAACAUUAUCGUUUGGAAGAGGAUUAAUAAGUGUUGACAUUCAUACAAAUGAUUGAUCCAGUAAACAUAAACAGUUUGUUAUAUAGUAGUUUAAAGUAAACUCUUAGAGUAUGUUAAAGAAUAUAGGAUAGAAUAGAAUAGACAAAAUCCUGCAUUAUUUUCCAGACAAUUCAAUACUUUUUCUUGACUGUUAAAUAAUAUAAAUUAUUUUCUUUGAAGUCUUGAGGUUCAGUCAUUAAAUGAAUAAAAUCGAGACAAAAUCUU